AUGGAUGAUAUGUAUUUAGAUGUCACGGCUGAAUACACCGAUGAUUGUAAAAUAACUCAAAUUGAAUAUCAUUCUUUUUUACCUUAUUCAACAUCUGCCCUCUCCAAUAACGAUGAAGUACGUAUUGCUUUACAUAACACAGAGUCUUAUACUUUACCAUGUGAGAGUUAUAUUUACAUCGAGGGUACAAUAACCAAACCUACAGAAAUAACUGAAGAAAUUAGAUUUAUAAACAAUGGACUGUCAUUUCUUUUCUCUGAAAUGAAAUAUGAAAUAAACGGUACUCAAAUUCAAAAACUUGUUAACCCAGGUAUUUCGACUACAUUAAAAGGAUAUUGCUCGUAUAAUAAAUCAAAUAUUAUAUCGCAUCAUAACGCUUCCUGGGAUAGUGAUAUUAAAAAUGGUAAUAAAGAUUUUAUCGACAGCGGUAAUUUUAACGGUUGUAUUAAUCUUAAAGGUUUAUCAUCGAUCGAUAUGAAUGCUGUUAAACAGUUUAAAAAUAAUGAAAUAGUAGACGCUCCUAAACUAAAAGACGUUAAAAUAAAUAUAACAAAAAUAUUGUGGAGAAUGCCUAUAGUGAAAGUGAGUGAUAGAGAAAAAAUACGACUGUUGAAAGUAAUCAACAAUCAGAAACCUCUAACAUGUGCGUUUAGAUCGUGGGAACUGUGUGAAUAUCCGUUUUUACCUCAAAACACUUCGCAUUCAUGGAAAGUAAAGACAUCUAACAAUACUCGAUAUGUCAUAAUCGGUUUUCAAACCGAUAGGAAAAAUAGCUCGAGUAAAGCAAUGUCAUUUUUUGAUCAUUGUAAAAUUAAAAACGUAAAGGUCUAUUUAAACUCUGAAAUAUUCCCAUAUGAAGAUUUUCAAAGCGACUUUACUAAGAACAAGAUGGCUACAUUAUAUCACGCAUAUACCGAGUUCCAGAAAUCAUAUUAUGGUUAUAACGAUGUAAUAACGGUAUGUUUUAAUGGUAUGCCUUUCAAAAUGGAACCGUUAACUGCGUAUCGAUACAUUCCAAUUUCUUACUUGAAAAUCCCGUGUGUGGAUUCUAGGUUAGGUAAAAUAUUCGGAAAAUGUAUUGAGAAGGAAAAUAAUGUAACAGGAAUUCAUGAAGUGGUCGCAUUUUUAACCGCCGCCUACGACGACACAGAAACCGACGAACGAGUAGCGACUGACCGUACAAUUUUCGUGCCCCUGGUACUCUGA